AUGGGUGAUCUUUUCCACCAGCUCGAGGCAGAAUACUGUCCACCAAUUGAUUCCGCUCUUUUCUCUGCCAUUGUCUCUGACUAUGACUUGACCGAUUCCAACGCCGCUACUGAGCUCAGGGCUACAUUGGACGCCCUCAAAGCUACCGCUAUCGAAGAAGAGGCCACGGGCUUCGAUGCCUCUGGAAGCGGCACUCAACAUGAAGACUACAGCCCAGGACAUCCAGCUUCUGUUCCAGGAUCUGCUUCUGCAUCGCGCGAAACCGACAUGACCAGCCUCUCCAACGGCCUAUCAAGCGUUGAUCUGGACUCUGAAGGCUCUCCGGACCGCGCUGAAUACGAUUUCGAGGCUUGCGACCAAAACACAAAAGUUUCAAUUCUCAAGGAAAUAUUUCCUUCGCUUUCAGAGUACUCGAUCUCGCACACACUCGCCCAUCACGAGUCAAAAUGGAAGCCCGCAUUCGACGAUCUACUGAACCAAGUUUAUUUCGAGGAAGGCGGGACUAUUGAUGGAAAAGACAAGGUGUCGGCUAAGGGCGUCGAUGCUUUCAGCGAGGAAAAUGUAGUCAAAAGAGGUCGGAAAGGGAAGAAACGCGGCAAGAACAUCAAGGUCAUCGAUGCUACGAGGUCAUCUUCGCUGCCCACCGAAUCGCGACCAGCAACAAACCAAUGGCAGACUGCUAAAAGUGAUGUCGAUUUCAUCUCGGAUCGCGCAAAUAUCCCCUCUCAGGUUGUGCUAUCGUUAUACAACCAAGAAAGCCGUUCCGUCCCACGAACCAUCUCGGCCAUCCUCAAGACCUUCUUGCCCGAGGACACUCGAUCAGAAGAACCAGAAAUCCAAGUGGAAGCCUCUGCUCUGGGUCAAGAAUAUCCUGGACUUGCUCCCGCGUAUCUGGUGGCCCUCAUCAAAUUGACCCAGCCAUCCAUUACAGCAGCCCACGAAUUGGCAAAAGCCCUGACAACAAAGCCGCUCACUCAUGAAACCGGCAGUCGAGUCAUCAUUCCGCAAUACGCGCCUGUGCGAAUUUUCGAAGGAGACGACUUCCCCAGCCGAAGCAGUUUCGAAUCAGACACAUCGACCGUCGAUUUUGGGUCUGCUUCUGCCUCAACAGCAAAACUCAGGGCGGCAAGGCAAGCCGCAAUGGAACAAGCACGUGCAGCAUAUCGCAAAUCACGCUCCGAUCGCCUUAUGGGCGGCGCUGCCGGAUAUUAUUCGCAGGUCGGUCGCGACCACGGGGCUGCACUGCAUCAAUCGCAAGCUGCAGAGGCAAACGCCAUCGUUGCUGCACAGUCUUCUGCUUUCGAGAUUGACUUGCACGGUGUGACUGUAGAGAAUGCUGUACGUAUAGCUCGGCAAAGGACGAAUGCUUGGUGGAACGGACUAGGGGAGAAUAAGGUCAAUGGCCGAGUAGGCGCUGCUGAACGUGCCAGCGGGUUCCGCAUCAUAACGGGUGUGGGCAGACAUAGUGCUGGUGGCAAGGGCGUCCUCGGACCGGCAGUCAAGAAAGGUCUUGAGCAAGAUGGUUGGAGAUUGGAUGUCAGCAGUGGUGCAAUCACUGUCAGAGGAAAGAACAGAACAUAUUAA